UCUCAGACAGGGCGCCCCAGUACACCGUCCCGACGCCUAAACGACGCUUUGAGGUUAUUUGAAUCGCAAUUUUCGAGCAAAAACCGCGAAAAAUUCGAAUGUUCGCGCGCUUUUCAAAAUCGCGCAACUAGUUUUAGUUUAACCCUGACGAUGGUAUAGACGCCGCCAAAACGUCGGAUUUUCUGUUGUUGUGGUUGUUUUUUUUAAUAUAAAAAUACGUGAAAUAUUUUUGAUUUUGUUUAAAGUAUCGACAGAAAAUGAUUAAGUUUGUUAAAGGUGAACCCAAUCCAAACAAUUAUCCCCCCAGAUUCCGAGACUAUGGCUCACAAUGUGUGACCUUUGCCGAAAACACAAACGCUAUCCUCAAAGCUGAACUCUACGAGUUGGGCAAAAAUACCGAAAUUUCCUGGUCCAAAGAUGGUGCUCCCAUGGUUCCUGACCGUCGAAGAAGACUCCACAUCAGUGGCAACACUGUCCAACUGGCCUUGGACAGUGUCCAGAAAAACGAUGCUGGAAUAUAUAGAAUAACGGCUACGUCAUCGGCAGGAACCGCAUCCCGAGACCUCGAGCUGCGCGUUAGCCAGGGAUCAGACGUCGACGCAGAAGACGAACCUCCUGCUUUCCUGAGAAGACUGAACGACCUAUCGGUGAAAGUUGGCACUAGGACGCGAUUUCUAGUGGAGAUUCGAAGCAACUCUGAAAUAGCGAUAAAAUGGUUGAAAAACGACGAAACACUAACAGAAAAUGAACGAUACCGUUUUGUGAACGAGGGUGGAUUUUACUGCGUAGAUGUCGCGCCUGUCACCACCGACGACUCAGGAAGAUGGUCCUGUCAUGCCAGAAACGCCGUUGGGACAGUCUCGUCCAACUGCCAUCUCAACGUUCUGGUGCCCAAAACCUACAAAGCUCCCGAAUUCAUCGACGAUCUAAAAGCAAUCCUAACCGAUCAAGGAACAGUAGCAUUAGAAUGCAAAGUUGUUGGAGUACCCACACCUCUAUUACGUUGGUUCAAAGAUGGCAAAGAGAUUCGUCCUGGAGACGUUUUUGCCCUGACAGUGGACCCCAACCAAGACCCUACGUCACUGGGCACGUACGUUUGCGAGGCAACCAACUGCAUGGGCACGGCCACGUCAUCUUCCAGAGUGCACGUGGUGGACCGAGCAACUGGAGAGGGAAAAACGAGACUAUCUGGAAGUCCAAUUCCCACUGGACCUCCGCCGAUAUAUUCAAGCGAUUUAAAAGACGAAGAAAUCAAAAUAGGAGACCCCUUACUACUAACUUGUCAAGUGUCUGUACCACCAUGGCCAAAAUACAUAACCUGGUAUAAUUCUCAAGGAAAAAUUGAUGAUCGGUCACCAAAUUCCAGGUACAAAUCGAUGGCCGACGGAUUAGGCGGGUACAUGAUAGAAGUACGACCAACGGAAGCUGAAGACCAAGGAGAAUGGAAGGUGGUAGCAACCAGCCAAGAAGGAGUAAUCUCAAUCAGUACCUGUGACGUCAAAAUGAUCAUACCAAAACACUUUAAGAAACCCAGGUUCUUGGACACAUUAAAAGCAAUACUGACUGAAGAAGGCUUGGUGUCAUUCGAAUGUAAAGUUGUGGGUUCACCCACUCCGUUGCUGAGGUGGUUCAAAGAUGGACAAGAAUUAAAGCCAGGAGAUGUGUAUCAAUUAACCGGAACCAAUUCUUUAGGUUCCUAUUGCUGUAUAGCGAAAAACUGUAUGGGCGAAGCCCGUAGUUCAGCUGAACUGACAGUGGAAGACAUCGAAAGUCAACUAAGUGACGAAGAAAGAGCUCAGCUGAUCUCAGCUAGUCAAGCCCCUAAAUUCUUACAAGGACUAAAAAGUGGAGAAGCCAAAAUUAACGAACCUUACAGGUUUACUGUUAAUGUGAGUGCCACUACACCAGUGUCUUCUAUAACUUGGUACCGCGACGAUCAACCGGUUGAUGCCGAGCCCGAAAAGUACUUUGUUAAUAGAGAGUACUUGGGUGUAUGUCAUUUGGAGAUUGCCCAGUUGGAAUUCAACGAUCAGGCUGAAUGGAAGUGCGUGGCCACAAAUGAGUUUGGUCAUUCUGUCACCUCUUGCUUUUUGAGAUUGGUCAUUCCGAAGCAUUUCAAGAAACCAAAGUUUUUGGAAUGUCUUCGUGCUGUACUCUCAGAGGAGGGAGCUGUCAAUUUAGAAUGUAAAGUCAUCGGUAUACCUCAGCCUGUCCUAAAAUGGUACAAAGACGGUGUUGAAUUGAAACCGGGAGACAUUCAUAGAAUAACAUCUGGGGAGGAUGGAACAUGCUGUCUAGGAACAUACACUUGUGAAGCUAGAAACUGUAUGGGAGUUGUAGCUAGCUCGGCCUCUCUUCUGGGCUACGAAGAUCAAAAAACCAGGCAACAACAGAGAAUAGAACUGGAAAGGCAAUCGUCUCUGUCGACUAUACACGAGGAAAGAACCUCGCAGAUGUAUGACACAGCUGGAGACCAGUCUCUGACCUUGGGAACUGGCGAAGUGUCAUUUUCGUUUGACGGCAAAGAAGUGUCAGUGUCUUUGUACGAAACUCCCGAUCUUACUGAGGAAGAAGCUCUGCAGAUCGUCGAAAUGUAUGCUGAGCAACUGUCAGAACAUGUUUCAGAGCACAGUAUUGUCGAGUUACCUCCUCUUCGCUUCGUCAAAGAAUCAUCUACCUCCGGAAACCUCCUCAUGGAAGCAGUCUUAGUCGAUGUAUCAGAUGACUACUUCCUCACAGCUGACGAAGACCUGCGCACAGAAGCAGACGUUGAAGAUAUCUAUUCCCUCACAGACGAAGCAGGACAUCCCCUAUCUUCAAUUACUUCAGAAAAAUUGAAGAUCGACCUGACCUCUAGCAGUGGCGAUGCACCAAGAAGGCCACCGAGGAAGUCUGACUCGCAGAAAUCCAAUAGUAACAAUACAUUCUACAGCUUGUCCAAGAAUAUUUCCUUGGAUUCGAAUAACGAAAGUUUGGCUGGGGCUGCAGAGUUGGAUAGUGAAAGUUAUGGAGAGUUUGAAAGUGCUAUAAGCUCGGAGAAACAGCAAAAACAAGAGGACAGAGCUUUCCAGGUGGCAGCUAUUACUGAAACUUCUAGUUUACCAGACGAGGACGAUCUCCAAGAUGAAGCCAGAAGACCUCUCACACCGAGAACCAGUCACGAGAUAGGUUCUGAUCUCAGAGUUAAUAUUAGCGAGAGCCAAGAACUAAAAACUAGAAGAAGAAGGAUGUCUCAAAGUUCUGAUGAAAUGCCUCGAAGAGGUUCUCUAAGACAGACUGCCAGUGUUGACCUUCCUAGCGUCCAGAGAGACAUCCAAGGAGAGGAAGGAGACGGUUUGGUAAUGAACCAAGAAAAACGGGAAGCAAAGGAAAAAGAACUCAAACAAGAAGAGUCAAGAGUAGUGGUAGAAUUAAAGCAGACCUUGAAUGAGCUUCAGGAAAAACUUUUGUCAGUUCAAGAAGAAGUUUUAGUGCAAUCUGCUCUUAAAGCCACAUCAGCUGCAGCAGAUAGGAGCUUGGAUGUAUUAAAAAGCAUCUCGCAGCCUAUCAAAGACAUUCAAACUGUGUUUGAAAGUCUGGAACAAAAAGAAGGCAUUGAGAUUAUUGCUCCAUCAGAAAUUUCUAUAGUGGAGUUACUGGCUCCUCCAAUUUUUGAUCUGCAGAAAAGUUUGGGAAUUGUGGAAAAAUGCGUUGCCAUGAAAGGAAGAGAACACACACUGAUCCAGAGAACUUGCAAUAAUAUUGUAGAAAACACUUGUGGCUAUUUGAGAAAAACUUUAGACGAUGUAGAAAAAAUUACUUUAUUAGAAAAAGAACUGGACAGAACAAAAGCUACUGGUAGAGUUACGCCUUCAAAAAUUACUCAAGAAGUGUGCAUCACAGUUAAAGAAAUUAGGAACGAAUUGACCAAAUCCGAAUUAGUUCUCAGAGAAGGCAAAUAUGGUCAAAAAGAACCGGUUUCGAGUGGUUCGGAACCCUCUUCUGCAGCAAAGGACGCAGAUAUUUUGACAAAAUUCCUUACACCAACUUUACAAAUUAAAGAAAACUUGGAAAGCCUGGAAAGAACAGUUGCUUAUGGAGACCCAGACCAGAUGUAUCCAAACCUUUGCGAAGCUAUUUUGGAAAAACUAUCCGAACCAAUUAAAAUGCUUGUGAAGGAAGCAAAGGUGGCAGAGAAACAAGCCAUACGAUACGCUGGUGAAAAAUCUGUCGCCCAAGAAUUGCGAUUGGCCAUUUUGGACAAAAUAACGCCCUCAGUUACCGAACUAUCUCGUGGUCUAAACGUCAUAAAAAAUCAGGAGCCUGGAGAUAGACAUUCUGGUAUGAUCAGUAUGAAUGUUCUGGAAACUUUUGCUGGAUCUAUCGACGACAUUAUGAAUUCUCUUACAAGAAUUGGAGCAAAUGUCGAAGGUGAAGGGCUCAGUAGUCCCGUUUCAGAACCACGCGAGGAAGUUUUUAGAGAAGUGUUCGAGCAAGUUAGUGAAAUAGUGUACACUGACACAAAUCAGUCUGUCACUGAUUUGCUAUGUAACAUCGAGGCUGCUCAGAGAAAUAUACCCAACACUAUAAUAUUAGAAGGUUUAAGACAACUCUCUUCUCUACAAAAAGAUUUGGCAACUACCGUAACCAAGGUAGGAGAAAACAGAAAUGAAACCAGUAUCUCAGCUUUAGAAAACAUAGGUCAAAGCAUCAACCUUCUCAAUAAUUUCGUCAUAGAUUUGACUCCUUCCAGCAUGGGCAGUGUUCUAGAAGAAUGCGGUGUUGUCCUAAGUAUUCUGGAAGACAGUGUCUUAGCUACUGACUUGUCAUCUCAACCCAGUGACAUAAAAGACGAAUUUUCUAAUUUAAAAGACCGAGUCAAAGAAGUCAGAUUAAAUAUUAUUGAACUUAGUGAACAAGUUGAUGAACCUAGACAAACCAGUGAUGAUCAAAUGGCUGUCGGUGAUAAUGUAGUGGUAGUUUUGGAAGAAACAUCAGUUACAGUAGUGCCAGAAGCAUUAUUGGAGGAUACGAAAUCUACUUUGGACCAAUUACAAGAUUUAGCUUCUGUACCAAGUGCAAGAAUGGUACUGGAACCUCUUCUGCCUCAUGCUGUAGCUUUGUAUGAAAUCAGCAAUGACACGUUACUGAGGAAACAAAAAGACCAGUUGUCAGAGGAAGACAGACAACGCCUGCAAAAUUGUGUGGUGCCUUUAGAAUUGAUAGAAGAUCGAAUUAUUGAAGCUCUUGACUUUGUCAUGUUAACUCCGGGAACUCCACAAAGAAGUGAACUGAAGAAUCUUUUAGAACAUUUGCAAUACAACGUUGCCGUAAUGCAUCAACAGGUUUUGGACGAAACCCAUUUGGCAGAAAGAAGAGAUUCAGUACCUAUUAUCGAGGAAAUCAAAAAAUCUGUCAUUGUUCUUCAAAAUCUCCCAAUUAUGUCUGAAAUUUCUGGAGACGAAGCAGUAUCACCAGAAAUUGUUAAAGAAAUCGUCGAAUGCGUUUCUGCCCUUGAACACAACCUGGCAACACUGUACGAAGUUGUUAUGGUCGAAGGAAUGGACCAGAUGCCUCCAAACUUACUACAGGUCGCUUCUGAAGUCACUCAGAGCAUAGAACAAUUCAAAACCAGCAGCGGGCUUUUCGAACAACGAGAUCAACCGGUUUACACUUUAGAAGACAUCGUCAACGUUCGUAAACUCGCCGAACCUCUGAGCAAACUCAGCACUACAAUAGACAGCGUACAAGAAGCUGACGAACUCAGAAGGGAAGCUUUUGUUUCUGUGCUUGAGCCUCUGAUCCAAAUAGCCGAAAUCUUAGAGCACAUUUCUGAAGAUUUGAAGAUCAAACUCUUUACCUUACAUUCGCCUUUGCAAAGUGCCAUAGAGAUAAUAACUUUAGAACAACAUAACUUUGAUAUAGAGCAAGAAGACUUGGUUCAACUGAAGAAUAUAGGCAACGCCAUGAAGUGUUUGGUUCAAUGUAUCUUGAACAAAAACGUCAGUAACUUUGAGCCGAUAGCUCUUGAACUAGCCGAGAAAAACACUUCUUUGAUUGAAAUUUUGGACACAAUUGAUUCACCAAGCUUAAGAUUGAUCGUAUUUUCCCUUCGAGAAUUUGCUGACUCUGUAAGCCAAGUCAGCACUCAAUUUGAACAAACCACAAGAGCUGAUGAAGAAGACAAACCCAGAAGCGUACUACACCAAGAGGAUGUAAUAACGGAAGAAGAGCAUUGCUUCAAAAGCGCAGAACUUCUCAAAGAUACGGUUUUCAGAUUACAAGAAGCCAAAGACUUGCCUGAUCAAGAGAUCCUACUAAUCGACAUAAUAGAAAUAUUGAAAGCAUUAGAGCGUCUUGAUUCUGAGCUUCAGGAAGAUCAAAUUCAGUUAAUAGAUGCUACACUCGAUACUUUAAACAAUGCUGCUCAAGCAGUUAUUGAAAAUAACCGUCCCGAUGGUCAAGGAGUGUCAAAUCAAGAUUUUGAACGUAUAUUUUGCAGUUUGGACGAUAUAAUAGCUUCAAAACUUGUCCAGAGACUUAUAGUACCCGUUCAGAGAGCUACUGCUACUUUAUCCAAAAUUGUUUCGGAGCUUCUGAUGCGAAAAGAUGUCACUGAACAAAUUCAGAAUCUAAUUGAAACUUUAAAAAUUAAUAUAAAUGAAAAAGAAGGUUCUAAUAAAGUUAUUAAAGAUGCAGUAUUUAAUUUCCUGGAUAAGUUCAGUAAAACUGACUUUGAAAGGCUUUCUUUAGAUUAUUCAAGAAUUUAUCUGAACAUUCUCGAAGCAGUUUUGGAUCUUCUUAAUAAUGAAACGUUAGAAGAAAAAGAAAUAUGUAUGGAGAAACUAAGAUGUGUAAUAAGGUCUCUUCCUAUUAAUUUAAGAGAACCACUUGAAGAGUCAGUUGAAGAAUUAGGAAGGUUCGUACGUAAACAGUUCUCUACUGUUCCAAGUAUCCCAAUAGUACACCAGAUAUUAGAGGAUAUUGUAAAGUUAGAAUCUUCCACAUCAAAUCCCUUGGUGACGAGCAUACAUAACCUAGUUCAAAGUAUUGAAGAAACUACCCUAGAAAGCUCUGAUGUAGUUAAAAUUAAUGAAAUUCUCGAUACAGUUUUUAAAGUGACUCAAUCUCUUACUGAAGAAAUUGUUGGUGAUUCUGAAAUAAAAGAAACUCUGGAAAAUACUAAAAUAAUUUUGGAAAAAACUUCAUUUUCUCCAGAAAUACACCCCCAAGUAUUAGUGAAUGUACAGGCGUUAUCUUCAGCUGUUUUAGAUGCUUUAGAACCUAAAAAAACUGUUACCGUGUCUAGAGAUAACUUAGAAAAAUCUAUUGAGUUACUUAAAAAUACCGACGUUCAAAAUCCCUUAUUCGAAGAGUUAGAAAAUUUAAAUCAAUGGUUAGGUGCACGAAGAUUCAGUCAAGUCGAGGAAAAAACUAUAAUUGAGAAUUUUUUGAGCAGCUUACAAGGUGCAUUAGAAUCAACACUUGAUGAAACUAAUUUAAGUAGAGUGGAACCGUUAAUUUCCUUUUUAGAAAUACAUAAAAUGUCUUUAGGACAAAUACCUGAAAUUCUACCGAUUAUUGAAGCCCUUUGGCCAGUACUAAUAGACUAUUGCGAAGGGCAUGUUAAAAGAAACUCUCUUCAAAAGUUAGAAACAUCACUGGAAGAAUUUUACAUGCCUUCUAAUAGAGAAAAUUUAAAGAAAAAUAAAGAGGUUUUGGUUGAAAACGUUGGUGUUUCAGUUUUAAAAGUUAAGGAAGUUAUUAAAAAUAUUUCUGUGAAAGAUUUAAAGAAAGAUGAAUGUUCCUUUGUACUAAAUGCUCAAAAAGUAUUUGUAGAAUUAAAAGACUAUAUUGAAAAUGAUGCAAAGAGUACGCAGUCUGUAUUGGAGCACGUUGAAGAGUUUGUAAUACUUAAUAAAGGUGAACAUGAAACAGACGUCACAAAUCAAGUGAACUUACUCAUAAAUGAAGUUUAUAAAAAUAUUACAGAUAUCAGACAGCUUGAACGCGAACAAUACGAGUUGAAAUUAAACAAUAUACAAGAAGUUUCUAAUUCUUUGCAAAAUAUUGCUAGAAACCUUGCAUCUAUCAGAUAUAAAAACGUAGAUAAAGCACACGUCAUGAUACUACAAAAAUCUCUCUACCCUUUGCAAACAUCUGUUAAUGAUUUGAUAGAAGCUGACCUUACUAGCGAUGAUCUGAAGUUACUCGAGAACAUCAGUAAUAUUUUUGAAAAAAUAAACAACUCUAUUAAAACUAAAGUAGAUGUCAAAGAGUCUAGUGGACCUCAAAAGGAAGAAGUUAUUAAUUUAAUAGAAGAAUUAAAUGGUGUUGUUAAAAAUAUUAACGAAAAUUCUUCUAUUAAAAAUAUAACAAGUCUGCUGAGUACCCUAAUUGAAGAAUUGCCUUUAUUGGUUGAAGAACUUGAUACAGGAUAUGGAGAAGAAUUAAAAACCGAAAUAGCAAGUGGUAGCUUAAAUGAAUCAAUUAAUUUAGCUAAAAGUAUUUUGGAGUCGCCAGUAGAAAAUGAAGAAACUGAUAAUCUUAUAAUUACUUCUAUUGAAAAAGUUAAAGCAGAUGUUGUUACAUACGAAAAAGACUGUGAAAAAUACUUAAUUAAUGAAGAAAAAGAAAUUUUACAGGAUUCUAAAAGCUUACUAGAAAAUGUUUCUGAAGGUUGUGCUAGUAAAGAAAACCUUACUGCCUUAACACAACCAAAAAUAGUUAUUUUAGAAGAAAAACUUGAAGGCAAACAAAAUGCUGUUGUGAGCGUUUCAAGAAAUAUUCUAGAGAUUUGUAGAAGGGUUGCGAAAUAUUUUGACAAAAAUAAACAGCAAGGAAAAGUUAAAAAAUCAAAGGAAUCAGAGAAAUUAGAUAUAGAAUCUACUGCAGUUGUAGAUUCUGUUAAAGAUAAAAAAGAAAGUGAAGAGGAGAGACUAAAAUCUGAAAAAUUCUCUACUGAGUUACUUGAGGAUAUUGAAAAACCAGCUGAUGUAAGUAUUUCUGAAGCAUCAGUAUUAGCUGAAGCUGUUGAAAAGGAUGUAAGAUUACAUGAAAUUUCCCAGACUGAACAGAUUAUUGAAGAAAAAUCAACAGUUCAGGAAUUACAGGGCACAGCAUCUGAUACUACAGCGCUGAAAGAGGAAGAAAUAGAUUUACAUGAUACCGAAAAGCCAAUACCAAUAACUAAAGAAGUGGUACAAGAAGAAAAAGAUACAGAAAUUGCUGUUGUACAACCAGAAGUAAAAUUAGAAUCAUCUGAAUAUGUUGUAAAACAAGAAUUGCAAAAGACUGAAGAACUUCCUAUAGAUCUAACCGAACCAGACACUAUUCCAGCUGAAAUAAUAUCCAAGGAAGAAAUAUCACCUUCAGAUGAAAGAAUUGAUUUAAAAGAGCCUGCAAAAACCAAAAAUGAAUUAGUAGAAAUUACAGCAUCUACUUCAGCAGAUGACACGACCUUUAAAGAAUUUGAUAGUGAAUUGAUAAUUCAAAUUGAGAAAGAUCAGAAUAUUGAAGCUGAAAAAAUAGAGCCUGAAGUUAUAAAACCAGAAGAACCUGUUUUAGAUAUUGAACGUGAUGUAAUAAAGACUGAAGAAUCUAAAAUAGAAUUAAUAGAAGAUAUUGCAACUACUUCAGGAGAAGAUAAAAAGCCUGAACAUGAUGUGGAUGUUAAACCUGAGGUUAUAAAAGAAGAUAAAGCUGUAUUAUUAACUUUAGAGAACUUAAAGUCUGCGAUAGUUCUCAUGGAAAAUCAGCCAAUGUCAGAAGAAAAGCGAUCAGCAGUACAGGAAUUACAAAAAUCCAUAUCUGCAAAUACUGAAGACUUAAAUAAAUACUUGAAAACAAUUAAUGUAGAUAACUUAACACCCCAGGAACAAAGUGCCUUGGUAGUUACCGAGGAAACGCUCACUGAAAUCAACAAUUUAAUUGUUGAAGAAAAGGGUGCUUCAACAAACGUAGAAGAUCAACCACACGCCUCGAUUGAAAGUGCAAAGAAAAUGAUCGAAGACCUUAGACUUGCAGUUGUGGCAACUCCGAAAGAUUCUCCAAUAAAGGAAUCGCUAGAACCUUUAGAACAAACCCUAAAAAAUGUCGUCAAUCUUAUGGAAACUCUAGAUACGGAAAAAGAUUUUCAACAAAAGCUUGGUUCAUCUAUUAACACAAUUAAAGAAAACGUUAGUAAAUUGAAAUCUGUAAAACUAUCAAAAUCUAAACUAGAUAUUCUAAAUACUAUUGACAAUGUUUGCAGUAAGUUUUCUGAGUCUCUUGCUAAUCUUAAAGUGGAGGUCGAUAUAGAACAAACCUCGAUCAAUAUAGCCAACGAAUGUUUGGUUAUUACGAACGAAUACUUGGAAAUAUUUUCUCAAAGACCAGCAAGUAGAAGCCCGUCAAAAAGUAUCUCUGAAAGCACGCAAGAAUUUAAAAUUGCCAUUCAAAGCGUUCCUAAAGACUCUAACGUAACAAUUCUAAGAGAAUUUAUAGAAACUUUAGCAGAGAGUGUUUUGAAUUUGCUCAAACCUGAAGCUUCAUCUCCUGUACCUCCUUGUAAACCACUUCAAUUUUUGAGAAACUCUUUGCAAAACCUUCAAGAGUCUCUCUCAGUUUUUGAUCCAGUUGCUGAAAAUAAAAAUAGGAAAAUACUCACCAGCGAGAUGCAGAGACCUGUAACAACGUUACAGUUUAUUGCUAGCACUAUUUUAGAAGACAAAAAAGACAAACUAGGACCUGACGAUAUAAAUAUCUUGAAAAAUACUAACGAGGUUGUUCAUAAGUUGUUGCAAAUAGCUGAAGAGCUUGAGUACAAACCAACCAGUGAGCAGAUACUUAUAUUGGAUGACACGAGAGACAGUUUAAAAAAUAUUCUGGCUUGUAUUAACCAAGAAUCUCAGAUAAAAGACUUUUUGGAUCCACUUCAAGACAUUUUUAAAAGCAUAGAAAAGGCUUUAGAAAGAACGUUGUAUACUGAUCAAGAAGAAAGAGCUAAAAAAGAACAUGCAUUAACUGAAUUAAGCAAAUCUUUACAGAUGUUGGGAAGUAAGAUUUGUGAUGUUGCCACUUACGAUCAAGAACUACAAAAAAUAGUGACUAAAGAUAUGGAAAAACCUUUGAAAGCUAUUGUCGAAUCUAUUUCAGCUGCUGCAACUGAGUCAGUUACUAACCAAGAAAUUGAACCUUUACAAAAGUUGACUGAAUCAAUUAAGAAUGUUACUGAAAAUCUUAAUGAUAAUUUAAGUGAAAAUCUUCAAGCUUUACAAGAAAACAUAGCAGAUAUAAUUUCAUUUAAUGAACAAGCUCGAGACCUUAAAGCCCCAGACGUUCAACCAACUUUUGUUGAAUCCAUCAACGAUUUGCUUGAUGAGUUACAACAGUCAGUUGACUUAACGCAUUUGGUUGUUGAAGAAUCUACCUCUUCUGUAGAAGAUAUCCCUUGUUUAAAGAGCUUUAAAGAACGCCUGAACAAUUUUUUGAAAUUUGUAGUAGCUGCCAAACAUGUAUCUGAGGGAAACAUGAAUUUGCUUGAAAGAUUUAUAAGUCCUUUGGAAGAUUUACAAAUUUCUCUGAACAGUUGUACUGGCAUUGAAAUGCGUGAAGAAGAGAUUGCGUUAUUGGAUGAUAUUAGAAAGUGUUUAGAACGAAUUAGCGAGCAUAAAAAAACUGCAGAAAAUUUACAAAACUUGGAUAUAAAGGAUUUCUCUGAAGAAAUUGACUUACUUCAAAAUAAACUGAUUACUGUAUGUAUGAAGGCUGUUUAUGUUCCAAAUAAGGAGAAAUCCGUCAUGCAGAAGUUGUUAGGUCCUUUAGAAAAUAUUUCGAAGGCUAUUAUAGUCAUGCAAAGAGAACUAACACAGCGCACUGUUUUAAAGAAUGCUUUAGAUCGAUUUGGAAGAUUAGGAACAGUACUACAGCAGAAAGUCGACAUUAAUAAAGAAGCAGAAUAUAAAGUUCUUGCUGGUAACAUCAAGGAACCCUUGAAAAACUUAUCAAAGGCAUUUUCUAGUCAAAGAAAUCCCGAAAAUGUACCACAAGUUAUAGAAAAGUCAAGACUAGAAUUAGAAGGUCUCCUGAAUGCUGUAAAACGAUCAAAUACAGAGAUUGAAAAUUAUAGAAAUGAAAGUUUAGUUUCGUUAAAGAAUGUAGAAACAUCUUUGGAAAAUUUACUAAACUUACCAUUAGAAGAUGUUAAUAUGAAUAAUUUAAAUAAAAUUUUGAAUGCGAUUGAUGAGUUGAACAAGAAAAUUACAUCGGAAGAAGUAAUAACACCAAAAAAACAACCUAGCGCUAUAAAAGAGUCAAUUGAUAUAGCUAAGGUUAAUUUAAAAUCACUCGAAACUGCUAUUGUUGAAGUACAACCCGAAGCAACUAAAGCAGCAAUAUCAGUUCUAGAAUUACGAGAACCUAUCAAAGAGUUAGAACAAGAAAUCACCGAAAUUAUAGAAGAAAAAACUCCAGAAAGCGAAGUUAUAACUCCCGAACUUGUAGAACUGAUGCAAUCAUCUUUAGAAAAAUUAUCCAAAGUAAUUUUAUCAGUAGAAACCACUUUACACAAACCAAUAAUCAGCGAAGUUGACAAAGGACAAUUGAAGCAAGCUAUUCAAGGAUUUAAGGAGAUCAUCAAAAUUGUUGAGUGUAAAGAGAACUUGCCAACAUCCCUCAAGAUAUUAGAACCUGUAAAGAAACUUACAGCUAAAAUUGAGGAGAUGCAAAAAGAGCUAGAUGGUGAAGAGCGUCAAGAAAUUGUUUCUAAGAAGCCAGAAGAGGUAACUGUAACAAGUUCAGAUGAGGUAGUGAAAGAUUUAACUGUUAUAAAAGACAGUCAAAUUGAGACAUCUAAACUUUGUGGAUUAAUUAAAGAAGUAUGUCCUCCAGGAACUAGUUUAGAGCCUUACUUGGAGCUUCUGGAGCCACUGGAUUAUUUACAAGACUGCGAACAAAAUUUGUCAAAUUUGUUAUCAAACAAUAUGGUUGAAGAACUUCAAGACAGUGAUAAAGAUAUUUUGAGAAAAACUACAGACGAAAUUAAAGUUAUAUUUCAAAUAUUUGACGCUCUUGAAGAUAUAAAUGAAGCCUCUUCAAAGGAAAUACUAAGUAGUGAAUUAACAAAAUUUAAGAAUAUUUCAGAAAAUAUAAUUUCAUCAAAAAGUUCAGCAUUAGAAUACAUCCAAGAACCUCUAAAAUUGCUUGUUUUGAAAAUUGAUUAUAUUAACAAGCAGUUUAUGCCUAAAGAAUCAUUUGUAAUCGAGUCUGUAGGGAAAUUAUCUGAAGAAUUAAAAACUCUUUAUGGAAAAAUUGAGGAGAUUUUACACGAAGUUAAACAAGGACAGCUUUCUUUCACUGAAUUUAAUGCUGCAACUGAAGAAUUAACUCAAAUUUUAACUCAACCAAAGGUUCUUGAAGAUUUAGCUAAUUACGAAACUGGAAUUGUUAAAGUAGUUCAAGAAUUACAGAAAUUAAAUUCAAUAUUUGUUUCAUCGAGCACAGAACCUGAUAAACCAAAGGUUCAAAAAUUGACACAACCUGAACUCCAGCAAGCUCUAGCUGCAGUAAAAGAGACUCUUAUGGUCCUAGAACAGACCAGUCCAAAGUUAGAGCAUUUCGAUGUCAUUGAACAACCAAUAAAGGUAUUAGUAUCCUUAUUAGAACAGCCUAGUUUAGAGGAAGUUCCUUCAGAUUCAGUUAGUCUAUUAGCAGAACCAGUCGUAACGUUGUCCAGCGAAGUGCAAGCUUUAAAACAGAGCAUCCAAGAUAUAAAAUUACCACCUGAAUCUGGUAUUCUCUCGGUCUUGGAAAUAGCUGAUGCAGUUAAUAAUCUGCAAGAAUCAUUAGAACAAGCAAGUGCUAUCACGGAGACUUCUAGUGAAGCUUUAGAGGUUGUAUCACAAUUGAAAACGCCUUUAGAGAAGGUAUCACUGGAAUUAAAGGAAGUAAUACAUCAGAUAAAUACAUCUAAAAUAGUAGAUAUUAAACAACCUGAGCUACAGCAAGCUAUUGUAAGCUUAAAACAAGCAGUUGAUAAUGUUUCAAGCGGUCCUUUUGAAUCUAAGACUCUGAAAAUUAUUGAUAUACCUUUGAAUGUUUUGAAAGCAACCUUGUCUAAUAUUGAAACUGUGAUGGAAAGUAAAGAAACAACUACAGAAGGUAGAGCUGAAAUCGUAGAUAUUUCUAAAGCAGAUGAAGAAAGUUUACCAAUAGAGGAAGCUGUUCAAGAAAUUCCAAAAGAACAAGAAGAACUAGUAAAGAAAGAAGAAAAAAUAGGAGAAAGUGAACCUGAAGAUGUACUGGAAGCGGAGAAAGGCACAAAAACUGCUAAAUCCAUUAUAUUUGAGACGCAAGAAGAAACUCAAAACUUAGAAGAAGAAUCUGUUAAUGUGCAAAUCGCAGCCAAGCAAAAAGAGUCUGACAAAUCAAAUGAAGAAAAAGUUAAGAAAGAAGAGUUACAAGAAACAACUACUGAAAAGAAAGUUCAAAAGAGCAAACAGAUAUUAGGAAUUGUAGCUGAAUUAAGCAAGAAAUUAAAUAUUGAAGCUAUUAUUCUAGGUCAACCUUCCACCAAAGAGUCUUCUGAAGAAAAUGUAAAGAUAGCCAAAGAAAUCAGUGACAGUAUUACGGUUUUGAACACUGCUGUAAAUGACGUUAUUGAAAGUUCCGAGAUAUCUGAAAUAGAAGAAGUGGAGCUUGAUAAGAUUGCGACUCUGGUGGAACCCUUAGAAAAACUGUCUUUAGUAUUAACGCAAAGCUAUGAAGAAGUUUCUAAACCUGAAGUAUUAGAACUUAAAAUACCUGAAGCUCAACAAGCUCUAGAAUCAUUGAUAGAGACUGUCGAUACAGUAGGUUCAGUUCAGUACAAGUCUAAUAUUCUUAAUAAUUUUAAAGACAGCCUCAAAAUAUUUUCUUCCACACUUACCAAUACUAGAGAUCAUUUAUCUAGAGCUGCAACUAUUUCACAACAAAGUGACAUAUCUGUACCACCUCAAGUCCUACCUGAACCAGUAGAACAAUUAUGCAAAGAAAUACAGUUACUAAAAGAUACUGUUACAGAUAUUCCUGCUCAACAGGCUCUGAGUCGAUUAAAGGAACCCAUUGAAACAUUCCAAACUGCUUUGCAAGAAGAAGGUUCACAGUUUGAGAGUCUUGAACAAAUUGAGAAUAUUGGAACUCUCGUUACACCUUUACAAAAAUUAUGUGCUAUUACAGUAGAAAAUAAAGAGCAGCUUUCCAAGUGUAAAACUGAAAAAGUACCAAACAGAGAACUAUUGCAAGGUAUUUUAGCUUUCAAGACAGUUAUAGAUAAAAUUGAAUACAUUCCAGAAGCAGGCGGUUUUGCAAAAACUAUUCCAGCUUUACAAGCCUUGUCGGGAACUCUUGGUGAAAUAAUAUCUGACAUUGAAAAUAAAAUAGUUGCCGAGAAACGUUCUCUUAAGAUGAUACAACAGGAAGUAAAUAUAUUAAAGCAGGUGUUCCAUGAGUUUCAACAUACUCCAGAAAAAGGUGAGAAGGGAUUAACAGAAGUAGAAGCUUCAGUGAAUGCUCUAAAUGUUACUUUCGAAAAAUUACUAAAUUCGGAAACAACAAAAGAAGAGGAAGAAUCUAUUGCUAAUUUAAUCGAUCCACUUCAGAAAUUAUCCGCUGUUAUAGUUACUCAAAUGGCAGAGACUGUAACAUCUAAGCCAGUUGAACUUGAUACAGCAGAAGUAAAAGAAUCAGUUAUAGCUUUGAAACAGGCUUUAGAUAACGUUGUAGAAAGUCAUCCGAAAUCAAAAAUUAUAACUGAGGUUACCAAUCCUUUACAGGCUUUAUGUGCGACACUAUCAUUAACUGAUAAAGAGAAGGAAAUGAAAGAAGAAUCUAUAAAAUUAAUGUUUAACGAAUUAUCUGCCUUAAAACAAACUAUUCAGGAGUUAAACUCUGCUCCAUGCAAAGGAGUUAUAUCACUGUCUCCAAUAGAAAGUUCAAUUGAUACUCUGCAAACAAAUUUUGGGGAAAUUUCAGAAUUGAUAGAAAAUUUAUCUCAAGAGAACCUAGAAACUGUCACACGAAUCACAAAUCCUCUACAAAAAUUAUCUUCCAUUUUAAUAUCUUAUAAAGAAGAAAGCUUGAAACCAGAAAUAUCAGAAACUUAUAAAACUGACAUGAAACAAGCUAUAAGUUCGGUAAAGGAAGAAAUACAGGUAUGCGUUCAAGACAUUAGAGAAAACACAUCACUCGUUACUAUCUCAGAACCGCUAAAGGAACUGCUCGCUUCUCUUUCACAAGCUGAAGAACAGGUUACAGAAGAAAUAGGUCAAAUUAAGAGUCAACUAUCUGGAGGUGAAGAGGUUAAUAAAAAGAUAACUGAAGUUUCAGAACAAGUAGAAGUUUUAGAAGAGAAAUCUGCAGAGGUUGAUGAAAAGCCUCAAAUAGAAGAAGAAUUAUUAGAAACUGCCAAGCCUACAGAAGAAGUAAAAGCUGAAUCAAAAGAAGAAAAUGUGCCCUUAAAAUCUAAAGAGACUCUAAUACAAUCUGAAAUUGAAGAUGCAGCUCUUAUUAAGCCUACAGAAGAAGUAAAAGCUGAACCGAAAGAACAAAGUGUGCCCUUGAAAUCUGAAGAGACUGUAAUACAACCUGAAAUUGAAGAAGCAGCUCUUAUUAAGCCUAGAGAAGAAGUAAAAGCUGAACCCAAAGAAGAAAGUGUGCCCUUAAAAUCUGAAGAGACUGUAAUACAACCUGAAAUUGAAGAAGUAGCACUUAUCAAGCCUACAGAAGUAGUAAAAGCUGAACCCAAAGAAGAAAGUGUGCCCUUAAAAUCUGAAGGGACUGUAAUACAACCUGAAAUUGAAGAAGCAGCACUUGUCAAGCCUACAGAAGAAGUAAAAGUUGAACACAAAGAAGAAAGUGUGCCCUUAAAAUCUGAAGAGACUGUAAUACAACCUGAAAUUGAAGAAGCAGCACUUGUCAAGCCUACAGAAGAAGUAAAAGCUGAACCCAAAGAAGAAAGUGUUCCCUUAAAAUCUGAAGACACUGCAGUACAACCUGAAAUUGAAGAAGCAGCACUUGUCAAACCUAGAGAAGAAGUAAAAGCUCAACCUAAAGAAGAAAGCGUUCCCUUAAAAUCUGAAGAGAGUGUAAUACCACCUGUAAUUGAAGAAGCAGCUCUUAUCAAGCCUACAGAAAAAGUAAAAGCUGAACCCAAAGAAGAAGGUGUUCCCUUAAAAUCUGAAGAGACUGUAAUACAACCUGAAAUUGAAGAAGCAGCACUUAUUAAGCCUACUGAAGAAGUAAAAGCUGAACCAAAAGAAGAAAGUGUACCCUUAAAAUCUGAAGAGACUGUAAUACGAUCUAAAAUUGAAGAAGCAGCGCUUAUUAAGCCUACAGAAGAAGUAAAAGCAGAAUCCAAAGAAGAAUUUGUACCCUUAAAAUCUGAAGAGACUGUAAUACAAUCUGAAAUUGAAGAAGCAGCAAUUAUUAAGCCUACAGAAGAAGUAAAAGCUGAACCCAAAGAAGAAAGUGUGUCCUUAAAAUCUGAAGAGACUGUAAUACAAUCUGAAAUUGAAGAUGCAGCUCUUAUUAAGCUUAGAGAAGAAGUAAAAGCUAAACCCAAAGAAGAAAGUGUGCCCUUAAAAUCUGAGGAGACUGUAAUACAACCUGAAAUUGAAGAAACGCCGCUUGUCAAGUCUACAGAAGAAGUAAAAACUGAACCCAAAGAAGAAAGCGUUCCCUUAAAACCUGAAGAAACUGUGGUACAAUCUGAAAUUGAAGAAGCACCGCUUGUCAAGCCUACUGAAGAAGUAAAACCUGAAGCUCAGGAAGAAAAACCUAAGUCACCUAAGGCUAAAAAAAGUAAAAAAGAAAAAUCAAAAAAGUCAAGUAAAGGCAAACAGAUUCUGGGUAUCGUUGCUGAAUUAAGCAAAAAACUGAACAUCGAAGCUAUAAUUCUAAACCAAAAACCAAACGAAAACCUAAAUGAAGAAGAAUUACUACUGGCAAAUGAAAUUCAAGAGUCGGCAAAUUUGCUCAGUUCGACAUUGGAAGAGUUAGUGAACGAUAAGGAACCAUUAGAGACAACUAAAGAGGAAAUUGAAACACUAUCCAGCCUCGUAGAACCAUUAGAGCAACUAUGUAUCGUUGUUAGUCAGAUUCAUGAUGAAUCGACACCAAAAUUAGAAAGUAUUGAACAACCUACAGUUCAACAAGCUAUAUCUACAUUAAACGAAGCUAUAAGUAAGGUAAUUUCAAUGCCACCAAGGACUGGGAUUUAUGAAAGGAUUCAAGUGCCUUUAAAGACAUUUUCUGUAAACUUUGGAAAUAUAGAAAAGCUAUUUAUAGCUAAACCAACAAAGGGAAGUUAUAUAGAUGAAACAGUUUUAGGUUGUACAACUCCUAGCAGUUUAUCACAGAGAAGAGAUAAAGAUGCAGCUAGAACGAUAUCUUCACCUUUAACACAACUUGUACAAAAUCUAGAUGAUUUGAAAGCCAAACAGGAAAUAUUACAAACUGCUUCUCCCUUAUCGAAGUUUUCUUUAACUGAAACAGGUAAAAUUAUAAAAGAACUACAAAUUGCUGUAGAAGAAGUUAUAAAUUUACCAGAAACAACAAAAGAUAUUUCAAGAGAUGAAGCAGAGAGCAUUGUAAAAAUUGGAGAACCGCUAGAAAAAUUAGCAAUCGUUGUUGUACACGUAAAAGAAGCUUUAUUAAAAUCCGAUAUAUCAGAAAAAGAAAUUCAUGAAUUAAAACAAGCUACCCUUUGUUUAAAAGAAACGGUUCAAAAUGUGGUAUUUUCUACAUCCCAAUCCGAAAGUGCCAGUAUUCUAGAAGCUCCGAUAAAACGCCUUACAGCAACAUUAAGUUUAAUAGAAGAACCACCAGUGGAAGAAGUUCCAUUAGAAAAGAAACCAGAAAGAAAGGAUAAAAAGGCUGCAAAAUUAUUAGCAGAACCUAUUGAACAGCUGGUACAAAAAAUAAAUAUUUUCAAAUUGCAACAACAAGAAGUACAAGGUUCAUCUCAAGUAGCAGUGCUCUCUGUGAUUGAAUCUGAAGAAACACUGAAUGAAAUAAAGAAAGCUCUUGAAGAAGUUGUUAAUUUGUCUGAAAAUACCCAAGAUAUUUCUGAGAAGGAGGCAGAGCAACUUGCUAAUAUUAAGGAACCUUUGGAGAAGUUAGCUGCUGUUCUUGUCAGCUCCAAAGAUGCAGCUCAGAAACCAGACAUAUCUAAAAUAGAAACAAGUGAAUUAAAACAGGCUAUUGCUUCGUUGAAGGAAUCAGUCCAAAAUGUAACAUUAUCGUCACCUGAAGCUCAAACUGUAAAUAUCCUUGAUGCACCUUUAAAGAAGCUUACUGCAACAUUAAGUUUAACAGAAGAACCGCCAGUAGAAGAAGUUCCAUUGGAGAAGGAACCAGAAAGAAAGGAUAAAAAGGCUGCCAAAUUAUUAGCAGAACCUAUUGAACAGCUGGUACAAGAAAUAAAUAUUUUGAAAUUGCAACAACAAGAAGUACAAGGUUCACCUCAAGUAGCAGUGCUCUCUGUGAUUGAAUCUGAAGAAACACUGAAUGAAAUAAAGAAAGCUCUUGAAGAAGUUGUUAAUUUGUCUGAAAAUACCCAAGAUAUUUCUGAGAAGGAGGCAAAGCAACUUGCUAAUAUUAAGGAACCUUUGGAGAAGUUAGCUGCUGUUCUUGUCAGCUCCAAAGAUGCAGCUCAGAAACCAGACAUAUCUAAAAUAGAAACAAGUGAAUUAAAACAGGCUAUUGCUUCGUUGAAGGAAUCAGUCCAAAAUGUAACAUUAUCGUCACCUGAAGCUCAAACUGUAAAUAUCCUUGAUGCACCUUUAAAGAAGCUUACUGCAAAAUUAAGUUUGACAGAAGAACCACCAGUGGAAGAAGUUCAAUUAGAAAAGGAACCAGAAAGAAAGGAUAAAAAGGCUGCAAAAUUAUUAGCAGAACCUAUUGAACAGCUGGUACAAGAAAUAAAUAUUUUGAAAUUGCAACAACAAGAAGUACAAGGUUCACCUCAAGUAGCAGUGCUCUCUGUGAUUGAAUCUGAAGAAACAUUGAAUGACAUAAAGAAAGCUCUUGAAGAAGUAGUUAGUUUACCUGAAAACACACAAGAUAUUUCUGAACAGGAAGCAGAACAGCUCGCUAAAAUUAAAGAACCUUUGGAGAAGUUAACUGCUGUACUUGUCAGCUCCAAAGAUGCAGCUCAGAAACCAGACAUAUCUAAAAUAGAAGCAAGUGAAUUAAGGCAGGCUAUUGCUUUGUUGAAAGAGUCAGUCCAAAAUGUAACAUUAUCGUCACCUGAAGCUCAAACUGUAAAUAUCCUUGAUGCACCUUUAAAGAAACUUAUUGCAACAUUAAGUGUAAUAGAAGUACCACCAGUGGAAGAAGUUCCAUUAGAAAAGGAACCAGAAAGAAAGGAUAAAAUGGCUGCAAAAUUAUUGGCAGAACCUAUUGAACAGCUGGUACAAGAAAUAAAUAUUUUGAAAUUGCAACAACAAGAAGUACAAGGUUCACCUCAAGUAGCAGUGCUCUCUGUGAUUAAAUCUGAAGAAACAUUGAAUGACAUAAAGAAAGCUCUUGAAGAAGUAGUUAGUUUACCUGAAAACACACAAGAUAUUUCUGAACAGGAAGCAGAACAGCUCGCUAAAAUUAAAGAACCUUUAGAAAAGUUAACUGUUGUACUUGUCAGCUCAAAGAUGCAGCUCAGAAACCAGACAUAUCUAAAAGAAUCAGUCCAAAAUGUAACAUUAUCGUCACUUGAAGCUCAAACUGUAAAAAUUCUUGAUGCACCAUUAAAGAAGCUUACUGCAACAUUAAGUUUAACAGAAGAACCACCAGUGGAAGAAGUUUCAUUAGAAAAGGAACCAGAAAGAAAGGAUAAAAUGGCUGCAAUAUUAUUAGCAGAACCUAUUGAACAGCUGGUACAAGAAAUAAAUAUUUUGAAAUUGCAACAACAAGAAGUACAAGGUUCACCUCAAGUAGCAGUGCUCUCUGUGAUUGAAUCUGAAGAAACAUUGAAUCACAUAAAGAAAGCUCUUGAAGAAGUAGUUAGUUUACCUGAAAACACACAAGAUAUUUCUGAACAGGAAGCAGAACAGCUCGCUAAAAUUAAAGAACCUUUAGAAAAGUUAACUGCUGUACUUGUCAGCUCCAAAGAUGCAGCUCAGAAACCAGACAUAUCUAAAAUAGAAGCAAGUGAAUUAAAACAGGCUAUUGCUUCGUUGAAGGAAUCAGUCCAAAAUGUAACAUUAUCGUCACCUGAAGCUCAAACUUUUAACAGAAGAACCACCAGUGGAAGAAGUUCCAUUGGAGAAGGAACCAGAAAGAAAAAGAUAAAAAAGGCUGCAAAAUUAUUGGCAGAACCUAUUGAACAGCUGGUACAAGAAAUAAAUAUUUUGAAAUUGCAACAGCAAGAAAAAGCUCUUGAAGAAGUAGUUAGUUUACCUGAAAACACACAAGAUAUUUCUGAACAGGAAGCAGAACAGCUCGCUAAAAUUAAAGAACCUUUAGAAAAGUUAACUGCUGUACUUGUCAGCUCCAAAGAUGCAGCUCAGAAACCAGACAUAUCUAAAAUAGAAGCAAGUGAAUUAAAACAGGCUAUUGCUUCGUUGAAGGAAUCAGUCCAAAAUGUAACAUUAUCGUCACCUGAAGCUCAAACUCUAAAAAUCCUUGAUGCACCUUUAAAGAAGCUUACUGCAACAUUAAGUUUAACAGAAGAACCACCAGUGGAAGAAGUUCCAUUGGAGAAGGAACCAGAAAGAAAGGAUAAAAUGGCUGCAAAAUUAUUAGCAGAACCUAUUGAACAGCUGGUACAAGAAAUAAAUAUUUUGAAAUUGCAACAACAAGAAGUACAAGGUUCACCUCAAGUAGCAGUGCUCUCUGUGAUUGAAUCUGAAGAAACAUUGAAUGACAUAAAGAAAGCUCUUGAAGAAGUAGUUAGUUUACCUGAAAACACACAAGAUAUUUCUGAACAGGAAGCAGAACAACUUGCUAAAAUUAAAGAACCUUUGGAGAAGUUAACUGCUGUACUUGUCAGCUCCAAAGAUGCAGCUCAGAAACCAGACAUAUCUAAAAUAGAAGCAAGUGAAUUAAGGCAGGCUAUUGCUUCGUUAAAGGAAUCAGUCCAAAAUGUAACAUUAUCGUCACCUGAAGCUCAAACUAAGAAGUUCCAUUGGAGAAGGAACCAGAAAGAAAGGAUAAAAAAGGCUGCAAAAUUAUUAGCAGAACCUAUUGAACAGCUGGUACAAGAAAUAAAUAUUUUGAAAUUGCAACAACAAGAAGUACAAGGUUCACCUCAAGUAGCAGUGCUCUCUGUGAUUGAAUCUGAAGAAACAUUGAAUGACAUACAGAAAGCUCUUGAAGAAGUAGUUAGUUUACCUGAAAACACACAAGAUAUUUCUGAACAGGAAGCAGAACAGCUCGCUAAAAUUAAAGAACCUUUGGAGAAGUUAACUGCUGUACUUGUCAGCUCCAAAGAUGCAGCUCAGAAACCAGACAUAUCUAAAAUAGAAGCAAGUGAAUUAAAACAGGCUAUUGCUUCGUUGAAGGAAUCAGUCCAAAAUGUAACAUUAUCGUCACCUGAAGCUCAAACUAACCAAUUAGUGGAAGAAGUUCCAUUAGAAAAGGAACCAGAAAGAAAGGAUAAAAUGGCUGCAAAAUUAUUAGCAGAACCUAUUGAACAGCUGGUACAAGAAAUAAAUAUUUUGAAAUUGCAACAACAAGAAGUACAAGGUUCACCUCAAGUAGCAGUGCUCUCUGUGAUUGAAUCUGAAGGAACAUUGAAUGACAUAAAGAAAGCUCUUGAAAAAGUAGUUAGUUUACCUGAAAACACACAAGAUAUUUCUGAACAGGAAGCAGAACAACUCGCUAAAAUUAAAGAACCUUUGGAGAAGUUAACUGCUGUACUUGUCAGCUCCAAAGAUGCAGCUCAGAAACCAGACAUAUCUAAAAUAGAAGCAAGUGAAUUAAAACAGGCUAUUGCUUCGUUGAAGGAAUCAGUCCAAAAUAAGCUUACUGCAACAUUAAGUUUAACAGAAGAACCACCAGUGGAAGAAGUUCCAUUAGAAAAGGAACCAGAAAGAAAGGAUAAAAUGGCUGCAAAAUUAUUAGCAGAACCUAUUGAACAGCUGGUACAAGAAAUAAAUAUUUUGAAAUUGCAACAACAAGAAGUACAAGGUUCACCUCAAAACCAAUUAGUAGAAGAAGUUCCAUUGGAGAAGGAACCAGAAAGAAAAGAUAAAAUGGCUGCAAAAUUAUUGGCAGAACCUAUUGAACAGCUGGUACAAGAAAUACAUAUUUUGAAAUUGCAACAGCAAGAAGUACAAGGUUCACCUCAAGUAGCAGUGCUCUCUGUGAUUGAAUCUGAAGAAACAUUGAAUCACAUAAAGAAAGCUCUUGAAGAAGUAGAGAAGUUAACUGCUGUACUUGUCAGCUCCAAAGAUGCAGCUCAGAAACCAGACAUAUCUAAAAUAGAAGCAAGUGAAUUAAAACAGGCUAUUGCUUCGUUGAAGGAAUCAGUCCAAAAUGUAACAUUAUCGUCACCUGAAGCUCAAACUGUAAAAAUUCUUGAUGCACCAUUAAAGAAGCUUACUGCAACAUUAAGUUUAACAGAAGAACCACCAGUGGAAGAAGUUCCAUUAGAAAAGGAACCAGAAAGAAAGGAUAAAAUGGCUGCAAAAUUAUUAGCAGAACCUAUUGAACAGCUGGUACAAGAAAUAAAUAUUUUGAAAUUGCAACAACAAGAAGUACAAGGUUCACCUCAAGUAGCAGUGCUCUCUGUGAUUGAAUCUGAAGAAACAUUGAAUGACAUAAAGAAAGCUCUUGAAGUAGUUAGUUUACCUGAAAACACACAAGAUAUUUCUGAACAGGAAGCAGAACAGCUCGCUAAAAUUAAAGAACCUUUAGAAAAGUUAACUGCUGUACUUGUCAGCUCCAAAGAUGCAGCUCAGAAACCAGACAUAUCUAAAAUAGAAGCAAGUGAAUUAAAAGGCAGCUCAAACUGUAAAAAUUUUGAUGCACCAUUAAAGAAGCUUACUGCAACAUUAAGUUUAACAGAAGAACCACCAGUGGAAGAAGUUCCAUUAGAAAAGGAACCAGAAAGAAAGGAUAAAAUGGCUGCAAAAUUAUUAGCAGAACCUAUUGAACAGCUGGUACAAGAAAUAAAUAUUUUGAAAUUGCAACAACAAGAAGUACAAGGUUCACCUCAAGUAGCAGUGCUCUCUGUGAUUGAAUCUGAAGGAACAUUGAAUGACAUAAAGAAAGCUCUUGAAAAAGUAGUUAGUUUACCUGAAAACACACAAGAUAUUUCUGAACAGGAAGCAGAACAGCUCGCUAAAAUUAAAGAACCUUUAGAAAAGUUAACUGCUGUACUUGUCAGCUCCAAAGAUGCAGCUCAGAAACCAGACAUAUCUAAAAUAGAAGCAAGUGAAUUAAAACAGGCUAUUGCUUCGUUGAAGGAAUCAGUCCAAAAUGUAACAUUAUCGUCACCUGAAGCUCAAACUGUAAAAAUUCUUGAUGCACCAUUAAAGAAGCUUACUGCAACAUUAAGUUUAACAGAAGAACCAAUAGUGGAAGAAGUUCCAUUAGAAAAGGAACCAGAAAGAAAGGAUAAAAUGGCUGCAAAAUUAUUAGCAGAACCUAUUGAACAGCUGGUACAAGAAAUAAAUAUUUUGAAAUUGCAACAACAAGAAGUACAAGGUUCACCUCAAGUAGCAGUGCUCUCUGUGAUUGAAUCUGAAGGAACAUUGAAUGACAUAAAGAAAGCUCUUGAAAAAGUAGUUAGUUUACCUGAAAACACACAAGAUAUUUCUGAAAAGGAAGCAGAACAACUCGCUAAAAUUAAAGAACCUUUGGAGAAGUUAACUGCUGUACUUGUCAGCUCCAAAGAUGCAGCUCAGAAACCAGACAUAUCUAAAAUAGAAGCAAGUGAAUUAAGGCAGGCUAUUGCUUUGUUGAAAGAGUCAGUCCAAAAUGUAACAUUAUCGUCACCUGAAGCUCAAACUGUAAAUAUCCUUGAUGCACCUUUAAAGAAGCUUACUGCGACAUUAAGUUUAACAGAAGAACCGCCAGUAGAAGAAGUUCCAUUGGAGAAGGAACCAGAAAGAAAGGAUAAAAAGGCUGCCAAAUUAUUAGCAGAACCUAUUGAACAGCUGGUACAAGAAAUAAAUAUUUUGAAAUUGCAACAACAAGAAGUACAAGGUUCACCUCAAGUAGCAGUGCUCUCUGUGAUUGAGUCUGAAGAGACAUUGCAUAACAUAAAGAAAGCUCUUGAAGAAGUAGUUAGUUUACCUGAAAACACACAAGAUAUUUCUGAACAGGAAGCAGAACGACUUGCUAAAAUUAAAGAACCUUUGGAGAAGCUAACUGCUGUACUUGUCAGCUCCAAAGAUGCAGCUCAGAAACCAGACAUAUCUAAAAUAGAAACAAGUGAAUUAAAACAGGCUAUUACUUUGUUGAAAGAAUCAGUCCAAAAUGUAACAUUAUCGUCACCUGAAGCUCAAACUGUAAAUAUUCUUGAUGAACCAUUAAAGAAACUUAGUGCAACAUUGAGCAUAUUAGAAAAAUCACCAAAGACACCUCAUGAAUUGUCUAGUACUGAUAAAAAAUAUUUAGAACUCAUACGUAGUUUACAGCUACCUGUUUCUCAGCUGAUCGAAGAAAUGAAAAUUUUGAAAUCCAAAGAAGAAUUGCUACCAAAACAUCUGAAUAUUUUAUUAAAAUCAAAAGAUUGUUUGAGUCAAGUAAACGAAGCUUUAGGUUCUAUUGAAACUACAUUUGAAGUUGGAUGCGGUGACAAAGUUCCACAAGAAAUUCAUGAUAUACUGAAUAUUCUGAUUGCACCUUUAGAAAAUCUUCUGAUUGAGAACGUAAAAAUUAACUCGUUACUAGAGAAAUCUAUGGAUAAAAUUGAUAUUAGUAAUCUUCAGAGAGCAUUUGCAUCGGUUAGCAAUAAUAUAGAACCAGUCCUUUUAAUGCCAGUACUAUCCAGUUCUUUGGAAACACUAUCUAUAUCUCUGAAAGAUCUUAAUCAAAUUAUGAAAGAAAUCUCGAAUGAUUUAUUAGAGUUUAUUAGAACAGAGAAGGAACAGAAGGUUCAAUCAUGGUUACAACCUUUAUCAUCAGUACUAGAGGAAAUCCGUACUUUAAACAAAGAAAUCCAGGAGGCUAAAACAAAACCAUCCAAGGCUUUGCAAAGCUUGAAUAUUAUAGAAAAUAGUCUUUCAAAUACUAUUAACGAUCUAAAGACUAUUGGACUUAAAGGAAGUAAAAACCUUGAAGAGAUUUUAAAACAUUUUUGUGAAGCAAGCAAACAUCCAUUUGAAAAUAUGCAACAAGCAAUUUUAGCAGUGAAAGAGUCAUUAAAUGCUCCUGAAAUUUUGACAAUGGAAAGAUCUUCUGUAUGUCAUGGAUUAAAAUCUGCAGUUGAAUUCAUUGACAAAGUAUACUCAGAGGGAAAAUAUGCAGAUUUAAACCCACAAAUCACAUUAUCUAACUUAAAAGAGGCAAUCACGGAAGUGAUACAAAACCUUAAUAAAGAAAGAAAUGACUUCAAAGCUGUGUUUAAUUUAAAAAAUUCCUUGGAAGGGUUAAGAACUACUGUUCAGCAAAUCAAUGACAAUAAAUCUGUGUUUGAGAACAUUCAAGAGGAAAGUAUAUUGAAAUUUAUAACUUUAGGAGAACCGUUGAAAAUGAUGUUGGAGAAUUUAAGUGUAGUAGAUGCUAUAGGUGACAACACAAGUGAUUUUAAUACCGACUAUGCCGCAAAAGUUAACUCUUUAACUGACCAGCUUACAGGUCUGUCGCUAUUCUUAGGUGAUAUUUUGAACGAUCCUCAAUCUCUGACCUAUGUCGAAAACAGGGGACUAGAUAUUAUUCAUAUUCUUAACGAUACUAUAAAAAAUACCAACGAAAUAACAGAAAGUAUGUCAUUAAACGAAAAAAUGGAAAUACUCAAUCAGUCUCUAGGUAUAUUUGGUACUAAUUUGAAGGACUUGAAAAAACAACUUGUAAUAAUAGCUGCAAAGAAAAGAAAUGAUUAUAAAUUUGCUAAAGAUCUUGAAAACGAGGCUAAAGAAGUAAUAAACAGUAUCUACAGAGACACGUUGAUUUAUAGUGGUGUCCAACCUUUGACUUUGUUACUAGACACUAUAAAGAAUAACUGUAACGAGUUAUUGUUAGUUACAGAUGACCUACCAGAUGAUAUAGAUGCAAACCUAGUUGAGAACUUAAAGUUAUCAAACGAAUUUAAAGCAUUUAGAAGUAUUGUAAAAUCUGUUAGGAGUGAGGAUGAUAUUAUCAGCAAGAAAAAAGAAUUAAAACGCAUUUUGAGAAAGCUAGAUGGUGAACUAAAAAGUGGAAUUAAUUUGACAAAGAAUUCCAAAGUUUUCAGUAAUGUUUCUGAUGUGUUAAAAGUAGUAAAAAAGGUAUUCAAAGAUAUCUCCUCUGAUAUUGAUAAGCUGGAAAAAGCAGAAAAUCAAAUUUUAGUUCAAGAAGAACAAGGCGAAGAUCAAUCUGAUAAAGAAAGAGCUAAAAUAGACGAAAAUGAAAAGGAAGUUGAAGAAAUUAUUGAUAAUGAAAGUCAAGCCGUAGAAUCUGAAAUAGUCGAUGAUAAAAAAACUGAAUUAGGGAAAGAAAUAACUGAAAAAGAACAGGAAGUUAUUGACGAAGAAUAUAAACGGUUAGAAGAAGAACAAAAGGCUGCUAAAGAAGCAGAAGAAACUGCUAAAAGACUAAAAGAAGAAUUGGAGGUAAAAGAAAAAGCUGAAGAACAAGCUAGAUUGGAAAAAGAACAGCACGAAAAACAGCAGCAAGAAGCGGAGAAAAAAGCUAAAUUAGAUAAGAAGUUAGCUGAAGAAAAAGAGGCUGAAAUUGCUGCUCAAAAAGCUAAAGAAGAACAAGAACUUGAAGAAAAAAGAAUUGCAGAAGAAAAAGCAAAGGCAGAAGCUAAAGCUAAAAAAGACAAAGAAAAGAAAGAAAAACUAGAAUUACAAACAAAGGAGGAACAAAAACGCUUAGAAGAAGAAAGGGCUGCUAAAGAAGCAGAAGAAACUGCUAGAAGAGAAAAAGAAGAGUUGGAAGCAAAAGAAAAGGCCGAGGCAUUAGCUAAAAAACAGCAAGAAGACGCUGAAGAAAAGGCUAAAUUAGAAAAGAAGUUAGCUGAAGAAAAAGAAGCAGAAAUUGCUGCUCAAAAAGCUAAAGAAGAACAAGAGCUCGAAGAAAAAAGAAUUGCAGAAGAAAAAGCAAAGGCAGAAGCUAAAGCUAAAAAAGACAAAGAAACGAAAGAAAAACUAGAAUUACAAGCAAAGGAGGAACAAAAACGCUUAGAAGAAGAAAGGGCUGCUGAAGAAGCAGAAGAAACUGCUAGAAAACAAAAAGAAGAGUUAGAAGCGAAAGAAAAGGCGGAAGCAUUAGCUAAAAAACAACAACUGGAAGCAGAAGAAAAGGCUAAAUUAGAAAAGAAGUUUGCUGAAGAAAAAGAAGCAGAAAUUGCUGUUCAAAAAGCUAAAGAAGAACAAGAACUUGAAGAAAGAAGAAUUGCAGAAGAAAAAGCAAAGGCAGAAGCUAAAGCUAAAAAGGCUAAAGAAAAGAAAGAAAAAUUAGAAUUACAAGCAAAGGAGGAACAUAAACGCUUAGAAGAGGAAAGGGUUGCUAAAGAAGCAGAAGAAACUGCUAGAAAACAAAAAGAAGAGUUAGAAGCGAAAGAAAAGGCGGAAGCAUUAGCUAAAAAACAACAACAGGAAGCAGAAGAAAAGGCUAAAUUAGAAAAGAAGUUAGCUGAAGAAAAAGAGACAGAAAUUGCUGCUCAAAAGGCUAAAGAAGCCCAAGAGCUUGAAGAAAAACGAAUUGCAGAAGAAAAAGCAACGGCAGAAGCUAAAGCUAAAAAAGCCAAAGAAAAGAAAGAAAAACUGGAAUUAAAAGCUAAAGAAGAACAAAAACGCCUCGAAGAAGAAAAGGCUGUUAAAGAAGCAGAAGAAACUGCUAGAAGACAAAAAGAAGAGUUCGAAGCAAAAGAAAAGGCCGAGGCAUUAGCUAAAAAACAUCAAGAAGAAGCAGAAGAAAAAGUUAAAUUAGAAAAAAAGUUAGCUGAAGAAAAAGAGGCAGAAAUUGCUGCUCAAAAAGCUAAAGAAGAACAGGAGCUUGAAGACAAAAGGAUUGCAGAAGAAAAAGCAAAAGCAGAAGCUAAAGCUAAAAAGGCUAAAGAAAAGAAAGAAAAACUAGAAUUACAAGCAAAGGAGGAACAAAAACGCUUAGAAGAAGAAAGGGCUGCUAAAGAAGCAGAAGAAACUGCUAGAAAACUAAAAGAAGAGUUGGAAGCAAAGGAAAAGGCUGAGGCAUUAGCUAAAAAACAGCAAGAAGAAGCAGAAGAAAAAGCUAAAUUAGAAAAGAAGUUAGCUGAAGAAAAAGAGGCAGAAAUUGCUGCUCAAAAAGCUAAAGAAGAACAAGAGCUUGAAGAAAAACGAAUUGCAGAAGAAAAAGCAAAGGCAGAAGCUAAAGCUAAAAAAGCCAAAGAAAAGAAGGAAAAACUAGAAUUACAAGCAAAGGAGGAACAAAAACGCUUAGAAGAAGAAAGGGCUGCUAAAGAAGCAGAAGAAACUGCUAGAAAACUAAAAGAAGAGUUGGAAGCAAAGGAAAAGGCUGAGGCAUUAGCUAAAAAACAGCAAGAAGAAGCUGAAGAAAAGGCUAAAUUAGAAAAGAAGUUAGCUGAAGAAAAAGAGGCAGAAAUUGCUGCUCAAAAGGCUAAAGAAGAACAAGAGCUUGAAGAAAAACGAAUUGCAGAAGAAAAAGCAAAGGCAGAAGCUAAAGCUAAAAAGAAAAGAAAGAAAGAAAAACUAGAAUUACAAGCAAAGGAGGAACAAAAACGCUUAGAAGAAGAAAGGGUUGCUAAAGAAGCAGAAGAAACUGCUAGAAAACAAAAAGAAGAGUUCGAAGCAAAAGAAAAGGCCGAGGCAUUAGCUAAAAAACAUCAAGAAGGAGCAGAAGAAAAAGCUAAAUUAGAAAAGAAGUUAGCUGAAGAAAAAGAGGCAGAAAUUGCUGCUCAAAAAGCUAAAGAAGAACAAGAGCUUGAGGAAAAAAAGAUUGCAGAAGAAAAAGCAAAGGCAGAAGCUAAAGCUAAAAAAGUCAAAGAAAAGAAGGAAAAACUCGAAUUAAAAGCUAAAGAAGAACAAAAACGUUUAGAACAAGAAAAGGCUGCUAAAGAGGCAGAAGAAACUGCCAGAAGACAAAAAGAAGAGUUGGAAGCAAAAGAAAAAGCGGAAGCAUUAGCUAAAAAACAGCAAGAAGAAGCUGAAGAAAAGGCUAAAUUAGAAAAGAAGUUAGCUGAAGAAAAAGAGGCAGAAAUUGCUGCUCAAAAGGCUAAAGAAGAACAAGAGCUUGAAGAAAAAAGGAUUGCAGAAGAAAAAGCAAAGGCAGAAGCUAAAGCUAAAAAAGCCAAAGAAAAGAAGGAAAAACUAGAAUUACAAGCAAAGGAGGAACAAAAACGCUUAGAAGAAGAAAGGGCUGCUAAAGAAGCAGAAGAAACUGCUAAAAAACAAAAAGAAGAGUUGGAAGCAAAAGAAAAAGCGGAAGCAUUAGCUAAAAAACAGCAAGAAGAAGCUGAAGAAAAGGCUAAAUUAGAAAAGAAGUUAGCUGAAGAAAAAGAGGCAGAAAUUGCUGCUCAAAAGGUUAAAGAAGUACAAGAGCUUGAGGAAAAAAAGAUUGCAGAAGAAAAAGCAAAGGCAGAAGCUAAAGCUAAAGCUAAAAAAGUCAAAGAAAAGAAGGAAAAACUCGAAUUAAAAGCUAAAGAAGAACAAAAACGUUUAGAACAAGAAAAGGCUGCUAAAGAGGCAGAAGAAACUGCCAGAAGACAAAAAGAAGAGUUGGAAGCAAAAGAAAAGGCAGAAGUAUUAGCUAAAAAACAACAAGAGGAAGCAGACGAAAAGGCUAAAUUAGAAAAGAAGUUAGCUGAAGAAAAAGAGGCAGAAAUUGCUGCUCAAAAGGCUAAAGAAGAACAAGAGCUUGAAGAAAAAAGGAUUGCAGAAGAAAAAGCAAAAGCAGAAGCUAAAGCUAAAAAGGCUAAAGAAAAGAAAGAAAAACUAGAAUUACAAGCAAAGGAGGAACAAAAACGCUUAGAAGAACAAAGGGCUGCUAAAGAAGCAGAAGAAACUGCUAGAAAACAAAAAGAAGAGUUAGAAGCAAAGGAAAAGGCUGAGACAUUAGCUAAAAAACAGCAAGAAGAAGCAGAAGAAAAGGCUAAAUUAGAAAAGAAGUUAGCUGAAGAAAAAGAGGCAGAAAUUGCUGCUCAAAAAGCUAAAGAAGAACAAGAGCUUGAAGAAAAACGAAUUGCAGAAGAAAAAGCAAAGGCAGAAGCUAAAGUUAAAAAAGCCAAAGAAAAGAAGGAAAAACUAGAAUUACGAGAAAAGGAGGAACAAAAACGCUUAGAAGAAGAAAGGGCUGCUAAAGAAGCAGAAGAAACUGCUAGAAAACAAAAAGAAGAGUUGGAAGCAAAAGAAAAGGCAGAAGCAUUAGCUAAAAAACAGCAAGAAAAAGCAGAAGAAAAGGCUAAAUUUGAAAAGAAGUUAGCUGAAGAAAAAGAGGCAGAAAUUGCUGCUCAAAAAGCUAAAGAGCAACAAGAACUUGAAGAUAAAAAGAAAAAGGAAGAAGCAAAAGAAGCUAAAGCGAAAAAAGCCAAAGAGAAGAAAGAAAAACUGGAAUUAAAGGAUAAAGAGGAACAAAAGCAGUUAGAACAAGAACAGAAAGCUAAGGAGAUAGAAGAAAAGGUUAGAAGAGAAAAAGAAGCGUUGGAGAUAAAAGAAGAAGCUGAUGCAAAGGCUAGAUUACAAAAAGAUGAAAACGACAAGCUAGAAAAACAAAAACAAGAAAUAACUAAAUUAGAAAAUAAAUCUGUUGAAGAUCAAGACGUAGAAGUUGUCACCGGAAAAAACAAGGAUCAAGAUGGGGUUAAAAAGAAGAGAAGGGAUUCCGAUACCAAAACAACUGCAGAAACCAAGAUUAGGAAAACAAAACCUAAAGAAGACAAAAAAGAUAUUACCAAUUUGGAAAAUGGUAUAAUAGAAGACGGAGAGAUUCCUAAAUAUAAAACUGAUGUUAAGCUUGAAGAAAAAGUCUAUGAGAAGACCCAUGAUGAAAAAGAGGUAGGAACCUUUACUGGAAAAGACAGUUUUAUUUCAGACGAAGAUCUUUAUAAACCCACAACAUAUCAUGGACCAAGACAUUUAGGAAAGAAACCUCUGUUUACAACAUCUUUAACUGACAGGGCCUGUACUGUUAAUACCAGGAUUAAAAUGACUUGUAGUGUAAUCAGUGAAAGUCCAAUGGUUCUCUCUUGGUUCAAGGAUGGAGAGAAUAUUGAUGAAAAAUCAAACUAUUAUCAAGCUUUCGAAAAUAAUGUUGCAACUUUGGAAAUACUGAAUGCUUCACUAUCAGACAGUGGUGAAUACUCUUGCGUGGCUAAAAACGAACAUGGAGCAAGUUCAACUUCUGCACUUUUACAUGUUAAGGAAAGUUUUGAUGUAAGACCUGUUAAACCAAGUUUCACCAGAGGUAUUAGGGAGCAAUAUAAAGUGACCAGUGACGAAGCUACGUUGGAAUGUAGAAUAAGAUGUCAGCCUGCUCCAAAACUAAAAUGGUUCAAAGAUAAUGAAGAAAUAGACAUGUCAAAUAGUAAAUAUAUUCAAAGUUAUCUAGCUGAUGGUAUUGCCAAGCUUACCAUGAAGAAUCCAGUCAAGACAGAUAGUGGAAUAUAUACUUGCAAAGCUGAAGUUGGUGACUGGUUUGACCAAGUGUCUUAUGAGUACAACUUCACCUCCAAAGAAGAGUAUAUUAAGAAGAAGGUUAAGGAACGAGUUACAUCAAGAGAUACUAGUGCUUCCAGGUACUACACUCCAAUAACUGUGCCUCUGACAUUCGGUGACAGUUUACCACCACCAAGAACAAGAAGACCAUAUUUUUCGGGUGUUCUUACCGAUGCUUAUGUUCCUCGUGGGGGUGUUAUGGCUUUGCAAGUCGAAGUUAGAGGCUCACCGGCUGAAGUCAGCUGGUUUAAAGGGUCCCAAAAGUUGUCCAGGUCAUCGGCCAGGCAUAGGACAUUCCUUGAUAAGGAUGUGCAUACGUUAAUGAUUCCUAAUAUCAACGAACUAGAAAGUGGAAAGUAUACAUGCAGGGCUGCUAAUGCUGAAGGUAAAAUUGAGACAUCAGCAUUCGUCCACGUAGUGCACCCGUCAAAAAUUCGAGAUGGAAAACCGGCCAUGUUCCUGUCAAGGCCUGACAAAAUACUUAAUAUCACUUCAGGGGAAGAUAUAAAUGUAUCUUUCAGAGUUACUGGAGAUCCCAAACCGAAAAUAACAUGGAUGAAGGGUCUGACGGACAUAAUUGACAGUUUGAGGUCGAUGAAAUGGACCUCUGAUGACUACGUUCGUCUCACACUGAAACGUGCAGCUUUUGACGAUGCAGGAACCUACUGCAUCAUGGCAAAGAACAGAAUUGGAUGUGACAGAGCCUUCUUCACUGUCAGAUUGAGAGAAAGAGCACGAUCUUUAACGCCGACCAGAGAACCAGUGGAGAAUAUUUUGGACGAUAUACCAUCAUACAGAGAACGUUUAUACAGGAAAGAUGUACCUGGACCAAUUCCAUCCGAACCCUUCAUCAAAGACUCUGGAAGGGAUUGGGUAUCGUUGGGCUGGCCUAAAGCCCUUCAAACCGGAAUAGCGCCGGUUCUCGCUUACAGGGUGGACGUCUGGCAUAAAGGUAGCGAAGGAGGAGCCACUUGGACAACCCUGGGCAUGAGCCCUUUGACAAGUUUCGACGCGUUCAAGUUAAAACCUGGCGAAGAGUAUCAGUUUAGGAUAACGCCAAGAAACAGGUAUGGAUGGGGUGAGAGCAUAUCCACAACUCCGUUUGUUGUAGGAAAACCUGUAGAAAUGCCAGAAUUUACUAAAAUCUUGCCAGGUCAAAUGAAGGUGCUUGUAGGUUCUGAAGUCACUUUGGAGUGUGAAGUAAAAGGUGAACCGUUUCCUAAUAUUCGCUGGUUAAAAGACAGCGUGGAAUUGUAUCCCGAAGAAAAUGACAGAUAUGUUAUAGAAACGAAAAAUGGAGUGUGUGCUUUGACUAUACAGAACGUCCAAGACUUCGAUACCGGCAGGUUUAUGUGUGAAGCAGUAAACAAGGCUGGGAGAGUUUCUACAUUUGCCAGGCUUUGUGCAGUUAGUGAUUCCAAGAUAUUGUUGGCAGAUAAAAAUCUAAAAGAUUUCUUAAAAGAUUUCGACAACACCAAAGAUCUACCUCCUCACUUCAGUAUGAGACUCAGAGACCGAAGAGUGCAAAUGACGUAUUCUGUACGACUCACCUGUCAAGUGGUUGCCUAUCCUCAAGCGGAGAUUUCUUGGUUCAAAGAUGGAGUUCAACUAAAAUCUAAUGAUCGUCUGAGUUUUUCAUCAGAGGACGACUUCCACACCCUGGAAAUGGACAAGGCGGCUCUGGAAGAUGCCGGAACCUACUCCGUGUCCGCUCGGAACAAGUUCGGAUCCGUAUCGUGCAAGUGCUACUUGAUGGUGGACAAAGGCAUUAAGGCCUACAUCGCUCCCAACUUCAGUACCGAACUAGAACCAGUCCAGUGUGAAGUUAGAGAGGGUGAAGAAUUGAGGCUCUCUGCUAGGGUUGAGGCCUAUCCAAGCGUCGGUGUUAUGUGGUACAAAGAUGGGGUACGUUUAAGACCAUCAAGACACUCUGUCAUGACUCUAUCCCACGACGGCAGAGUAGAACUCACCAUAGGACCAAUCUCUACCAAAGACAAAGGCGUCUAUACCUGCGUAGCUACCAACGUGGUGGGUAGAGCUGAAACUAGCUCUACGGUAGACAUUGUAGAAGGAGUUAAACCAAGUAAAGCAGCAACAUCAGUGCCGUACUCUAGGGAGCCAAAGUUCCUGAAAAAGCCGCUGAAUAUUGAGGCUUACGAAGGCGAUCACGUGGCUAUUGAUUGCGAGAUCAUUGGUGAUCCCAAACCGGAAGUUGUAUGGCUGCGUGAUUUCUUAAAGACUGAUUAUUACAAAGAUGCUCCUCUAUUUCAUCGAAUAGGCGAUGGACCACAAUACCGCCUCCAAAUAACCAACGUCAAGCUGGACUUUACUGGUACUUAUACAGUGUACGCCAAAAAUAUCCACGGAGACGCUAAAGCCAUCGUAUCUUUACAAAUAAAAGCCACAGAUCCCACUGUACCAAGAAAAACCAAUCAGUUCAAAAUUGGGGACGUUCAAAAAAUGCCUAGGAUCACCGAAGAUUUGCUAGACAUCCGAUGCUGUGAUGGGGAUUCUGUAACUUUUGAAUGUUCCUUCGAGUCUAACAAACCUCCAUUGAACAUCAGAUGGGAAAAAGAUGGAAAACUUGUAAGACUUGGUAAGGACUUUGUGGAUGAGUUCGAUGGAGAAACGGCCAAACUUAUAAUAAAAGAAGUAUAUCCUGAGGAUGAAGGGGAGUACACUUGCGUAGGGUACAACGACCUUGGUACGGCAGCUACGUCAGCUUGUCUUAUUGUUGACCUACCAGAAGAAAAGGAGAGUUUGCUCAACGCUCAGUUGAUCCGUCCACCAAGUCUUUUUGCUGGAGGUUCUACUCCAAUUUCCACUCCAAGAACUACUCCAAAUAGAAGUGCAUCACCUAGAAUACGUGAAGUAACUCCACAGCCACCCAGAAGAAGGCUUACUAGAGCGUUAGCUCCCAAAUUCUAUGCUUAUCCUCACAACAGGGUAGCUGAAGAAGGAGAAACAGUAAGGUUCCAGUGUGCUAUUGCUGGUCAUCCUGACCCGUGGGUCAAAUGGUACAAGGAUAACGAAGAAAUUAUACCAUCAAGCAAGUUAACCAUUACAGAAAGGGAAGACCUAAGAACUUUGGAGAUCAAGGAUGUCACUACCAAGGAUUCUGGACUAUAUAAGGUUGUCCUAGAAAAUGACGUAGGCAGAGUCGAAGCUACAGCUCGCUUAGACGUGAUAGCUCACAGAACUCACAGCACCUCAGGAAUAAGAGCCAGAAGCCUAUCACCAAGAACCCAUAAUGGUUACACGCCUGGUAACUAUUUGGGAGCUUCAGCUAAAUAUGGAAGCAGAGCAAGACUGUUCUGUGAUAUAAAAGCUGUACCAACACCAUCUCUUAAAUGGUACAAAGAUGGGAUUCCUCUAGAACAAUGUUCCAAGUAUUCUUUUCACUACGAUGGCACUACCGCAUCACUGGAGAUAGAAAACGUAACAUUUGAAGAGCAAGGACUCUAUACAUGCGUGGCAGAGAACAUAAAUGGAACAGGUUCUACCUCUAUGCUGCUCCAAGUGACUCCAAAUGAAAAAACCGAUCAAUACACACCUCCAAAGAUCACUAAACCUCUUCCGAACAAUUUGCGGUGUGCUAAAGGGCAACCUUUUGUUCUAGAGGUUAGGUAUUCGGGUUGUUCGCCACUGGAUAUUGUUUGGAUGAAAGAUGGAUGUAUCAUAUCAAAUAAUGAUGAUGAUGAAGGUUUUAGACAGGAAGAUAGUGAUGAUGGUGUGGCAAGAUUGACAGUUAGUGAUCCGGAUGUUGAGGAUUCUGGACGGUAUUCUUGUGAAGUUUACAAUGUGUAUGGGGAGGAUAGGACUACAUGUCAUGUUACAGUUUUUGAAAAUCAAUAUACCUUUCCAGUGAUCGAAUUCACCAAACACCCCACCUCUGUGAUCGUGUUCACUGGUGGAAUCGCCUCUUUUUGUGCCAAAAUCAAGCACCGCAUCGACAGAUGUGAUUUCAACAUAUUUUGGGAAAUCGACGGAAGAAAAAUCGAACCAUCUGAUAAAAUUAAGGUAGAGGAAGAAGUACCGGUACCAUCGGACCAGGAGGACACCACAACCACCACCUUGCACAUUUCGGAGCCCUGCAAAUCCGCUGCAGUACGCUGUUGCGUGGUACUGCUGAAACAUCAGUCGUCCCAAGCCGGUCGUACCAGUACCAGCAGUAACAUCGCUCGUCUGUUCCUCGCCGAUAGUCGCAGUACCGCUUGCUCGUAUUUAGAUGGUGUUAUACCUGGUGAUUUUGAGUUCAUUUAUCACCCAAAUAGAGGAUAUUAUGAGAAUGAAGUUAUGAUGAUGGACUCUGUAGUGGAAAAGGAUGGUUCCGGUAAACGAGUUGUCGUGGAAGACCGAGUGGAUGAAGCUGCGAGGUUGGUGCGGGGACCUCAGGAUACCACGGCUUUGGUUGGAGAUAGGGUACUGCUGAAAGCUACCUACGUGGGGUGGCCUGAGCCUACAGUACGAUGGACCAGGGCGGGUAAGGCGCUGAAAAACGAUGAACGUACGAGCAUCACAUCGGGAGAUGGAGUUUCUUGUUUGCUCCUUCAAAACAUCACUACAGACGACAGCGGCAAGUAUGAUGUCAGUGUUGAAAACGACUUUGGUAGUGACUGUCACUAUGCUUCAGUAUCUGUGGAAGGUCCUCCAGACCCUCCAAGUGGUACCCCCACCAUCAGUGCCUUUACGGACACCGUCAUAGUAGCUUGGAGUAGUUCCCCAUAUGACGGUGGUAAAAAAGUUACCGGAUACAUAGUGGAGUACUCCCUCGUGGGCAGUGACAUUUGGAGUACUGUGGUAGACGACUGUACUUACCUGAGUUACCCGGUGGGAGGUCUCCAACCUGGAGGUCGGUACGUGUUCAGGAUACGAGCCGUGAACGUCCACGGUACUAGCAAACCCAGCUUGGAUAGUGAUAUAGUCCAGUUGGAAGAACACAACGAAUCGUCUUCGUUUGAGCAUCGCUUGGUAGCCAUGGAACCAGGAUCUAACUUCAAAUCAAGGUACGAUGUCCAGGAGGAACUGGGUAAAGGCAGAUUCGGAGUGGUCCACAAAGUUGUGGAUAAGUCCACCAACCAAAAAUUAGCAGCCAAGUUCAUACGAUGCCGCACACAGAAAGACAAAGAUAAGGUACAAGAAGAAAUUAAUAUAAUGAAUCUGUUAAGGCAUCAGAAACUUCUACAAUUAGCAGCUGCAUUCGAGCAUCCCAAAGAAAUGAUUAUGGUUAUGGAAUAUAUAUCCGGCGGUGAACUUUUUGAAAGAGUAGUUGCUGACGAUUUUACUCUGACGGAAAAAGACUGUAUUUUAUUCAUGAGACAGAUUUGCGAAGGUGUUGCCUAUAUGCAUUCGCAGAGCAUCGUACACUUGGACCUGAAACCGGAAAAUAUCAUGUGUCACACCAGGACAUCGCACGAAAUUAAGAUUAUUGAUUUUGGGUUGGCUCAAAAACUGAACCCUGACGUACCCGUGAGAGUUUUAUUUGGUACACCAGAAUUUAUACCUCCAGAAAUCAUUAACUACGAACCUAUUGGAGUUGAAUCGGACAUGUGGUCUUUAGGUGUCAUUUGCUAUGUACUACUGUCUGGAUUAUCACCGUUUAUGGGUGAUACUGAUUCAGAAACUUUCGCCAACAUCACCAGGGCCGACUACGAUUUCGACGAUGAAGCGUUCAACACGGUGUCCCAAGAUGCUAGAGAUUUUAUUGGAGCCCUUCUUGUAAAAAGAAAAGAUGACAGAAUAUCAGCAGAUCAAUGUUUGAGACAUGUCUGGCUUGAUCCGGAGAAUCACCAAGAGACAGUGGUUCUUUCCACUGACAAACUGAAGAAAUUCAUCAUCAGAAGAAAGUGGCAGAAAACUGGCAACGCCAUACGAGCUCUGGGCAGAAUGGCAACUCUGUCUGCCAGCAGACGCAACUCUGCCAACUCCAAUCCGACCACCCCUCGUACCUCGAUCUCUGGAGGGCUGGUACCGCGCAUGUCCAGCCUGGAGGAGGAACGCUUACUGAAAAAGAUCGAAAAUCACAAUUUCGAAAGCAUUAUUAAGGAUUCUUUUGACGAGAAUGACGAAAGCAGUCAUAGAGAGACUGUAGAUGAAAUUAGUGAAGAUAAUCAGAGUUCUGAAGGGUCAAAAAAUGUUGAAGAAGCUAAUGGUGACAUCAGUUUAGUAGGAAAAGAAGAUGUUUUAAUAGAAGAUGAAAAAAGAAUGGAAGUUAUUGAAGAAACGAGUUCUCCUAAAGAUAAUUCGUACUCAGACGGUAAUAAAUUGAUUACAAAACUAAAUAAAAUGAAACUUGAAGAAUCUGAAGACUUUUACCGUACAAAAAAAGAAGUCAAAGCUCGAGCUUGUAGCGAACGAAGCGACAGUGGUAUCAGCGACUGUUCUGUACACUUAACCAGCAGCAGUAGUACUUCUACACCUCUUCUAGGCAAAAAAUUCCCAAUAAACGAAGAAGGAGAACUCAGGGAUAGUUUUGAAGAGGAUAUUGAUAAUGGAAGCAAGUAUGUUUCUUCUGUUUCGAUCAGUUUGAAGAAUGGAGCUGGUAAAAAAGUAAAUGGAAUACUUUUGGAUGGUUUGGAGAAGAAGGAAGGCUUAAAAAUACAGGAUGGAACGAAUGGAGACAGUGUUAAGUCUUCUGGGAAGUUAGGUAAUAAAUUUGAGAGUUUCAAUGGUGCAGUUGGUAAAGGUAAACCCCAGCCUGCGUCAGAGAGCUUAAAAAGACUACCAAUCUACACCUCCCGCACUGUAGCCAACACCAUCAAGAAAUUCGACCACCAAAUCACCAAAACUUCACCACCACCUGAAGAAUCAUCUUCUCCAAUUAUUCUAGUAACCCAUUCACCACAAUUGUACAGAAAAAGCUCUAAUAUCAAAACCUUACCCCCUAAAUCCCCUGUUCUAAGCAGGAUCGGCCAGGAUCCUGCUAGAACCCCCAGAACUACCUCCAGACCACCAAAAAUAACUAUCAACGAAGAACCAACGAAGACUCGCCAAUCGAAGAUAGACCGCUUAGUGCAGAAAUUGGAGAAUAAGACUCAAAUUGAUGAUGGUGGUGAGUUGUUCAAAACAGGAAAACCCACUGUGAGGUAUCGCAGCCCUUCUCCAAGCCUGCUAAGAAAAACUCAGGCUGUGAUCAAUAAGGAACAAGCCAAUGAACUUUACAGGAACAAACAUCAGUUAGAGACGCCAAAAAAUGGUAGUCCUGACAGUCCAAAGUCUCCCAAAUUGAACAGGAGUAGGAACGACAGUUUUAGAAGAGCCGCAGCUUUUUGGAACAAUCCCAAAACCUAACCUAACAAAGUUACCUCUCGGAAAUCUGUACUGAUCUGUGACGUCACCCCGGCCUUUUUAUGCUGACGUCGCUGACUCGAUGACAGCGCCCUCUGUCGAGUGGUGUAAAGAUAAAGUGACUUAACUUAGUUUGUAGCCUAUAUUUAUUAUUGAGUAUAGAGAUAUAUUUUAUUUUUGUGUUGACCUCUGCUAGUGAUCCUAGUGGUAAUCAGUUGUUAUGUCUCGAGAACUAUAUAUUUUUAUUGAGAGAUUAUAUGUGCGAGUUACGAAAUAAAAAAUCUAUUUUAAAUAAA